AUGAAAGCAUUUAGGGCAAAGUCUCUUACUUCAAAAGAAGUUCAAGGUGACAACCAGGAACAAUAUUCAAGGUUAAGGGAUUACAUAAUGGAGCUUCAAAGUGCAAAUCCAGACACAACAGUGCACAUUGAAGUUGAGUCUAAACCCAACCCAGAUUCUACAACAAGGGUUUUCAAGAGAAUCUACAUUUGCUUGGGUCCACUGAAGCUAGGUUUCAAGGAAUGUGGGAGGGACAUACUAGGCUUAGAUGGAGCUUUCUUGAAGGGUUCACAACAGGGUCAGGUAUUAGUUGCAGUAGGCUUGGAUUCCAACAAUGGACUCUAUCCACUGGCCUAUGCAAUUGCAGAAGCAGAGAACAAGGAUUCCUGGACAUGGUUUCUAGAAUGUCUCAAAGAUGAUCUAGCAUUACAAAACAACUCAAGGUUUACCUUCAUUUCUGAUAGACAAAAGGGCCUUAUUCCUGCACUUGAAAAGGUAUUCCCUGCUGCAGAACACAGGUUCUGCCUUAGGCAUAUUCACCAAAAUAUGAAGUUAAAAUGGAGGUGCAAAGGCUUUAAAGAUUGCUUAUGGGCAUGUGCAACAGCCAGAACAGUACCUGAGUUUAGGGAAAAAAUGGAAGAGUUGAAGAAGUUCAAUGAGGAAGCAUACAACUGGUUGGCACAAAUUCCACCAAAGCAUUGGUCUAGAUCUCACUUCACAGGUUGGGCACAAUCUGAUGUUCUACUGAACAACAUGUGCGAAGUUUUAAAUGCCAAAACUGUUGAAGGGAGGGAAAAGCCAAUCAUUUCAUGCUUGGAAUAUCUUAGGGAGUAUUUGAUGAAGAGAAUAGUCAAUGUGAUGAAGGUGCAACAUCAGUGUAAGGGCCCCCUCACACCAAAGAUAACAGAGAUUUUAGAUGAAAUCAAAAAGGCUGCAGCCCAAUGCACUGUGAAAUGGUGUGGUGAUAGUAGGUGGCAGGUACAAGGGACUCUUGGGCAGUAUGUUGUGAACAUCGAACAAAAGGUUUGCACAUGUAGGAGGUGGGAAAUUUCUGGAAUACCAUGUAAGCAUGCUGUAGCUGUUAACUGGGAUAUGGCUGCACACAAACAACAGGUUGGGCCACCUGAGGAUUGGGUCCAUCCAUGCUACUAUCUGGACACUUGGAAAAAGGCUUAUGCCUACAAGGUUGGUCCCAUCAAUGGUCCCAAACUCUGGCCAAUAUCACCAGUUCCAACAACAUUGACCCCUCCACUUCACCACAAAGAAGCUGGCAGGCCAAAGAAAAAGAGGAGAAGAGACCAAGUGGAGGUUGAAAAUGCCAUGGAGAAGAAAGGUAAGCUGACAAGAAAGGGUGGGACUGUAACCUGUAAGAAAUGCAAUGUGAAGGGGCAUAAUUCAAGAAGCUGUAAGGAGCCAAAGAAAGGAAAGGCAACUGAAGGUGGUUCUGCAAAUGAUGUGGUAGCUGCUGUUGGUUCUGCUGGUGGUUCUGCAGCUGAAGAAUAG